GACGACGUGCUCAGGUGCUAAGUGUUACGAAUUGUCUCACCAUGAACUUUUAGCCCGCUUUCCGGCAAAACCGCUCCAUCAUCAUAAUCUAAUAACGAUUUUCAUCUUCUUUUCCCUUUAUCUUGCUCUUCAAUUUUCGUGAAUUUUACAGUCCUCAAUAGUCCUCAUUUCAUUUCGCUUUACAAAUUACAUAUUAAUCAUCACUUAAGUCACAAUUUGAUUGGUAGUCAUACUGGACUUAAUAGGAUGGAGGAGGACGGCGAGGGAUGCUUCUGCACUUGGCAUUGCAGUUGUAAAGUCCUUUUAGGGAAACGACAAUUUCCCGAGUAUCUCAAAUUGAAGGAAUAUCAAGAUUUUAUCAAGGGACCUCAAACUCCCCAGCAGAGUUCGUCAUCAUCAGGAUCAGAGAAACGCCAAAAUAGAUCUGAUGGUACCGAAUUAGUGCAGGCGAAUCCUAAAAAUAUAAAGGACAUCAAUAAAAGUGAUGUGCCUAACUGUGAUCUCAAACUGCGGACAGCAAAUUGCAACUCUCAUCUAAAUGAAAAGAAUCCCAAUCUUCUCCAGGAAAUUGCGUCCAGUGAUCUCAGUAGUUCAAACAAUCAACAAAAAUCCACAAACUCCGAGGUAUACGACGUAAAAGAACAAACAAGUGAGAACGAUAUGAAUGGAAAUUCUUUAAAUACGACACGUUCACCAGCCUCAUCAACUUCAGGAUACAAUUGUAGAAACCGUUCACGAUUCUUCAAAUGUCCAACUUGUAGAAAAGCCUUUGGACAAUUAAGUUCAUUGCAGUGGCAUGAAAAAGAACAUGUCUUGGAAUCAUCCAAGCAUUUCCAGUGUGAAGAUUGUGGGAAGCUUUAUUCCACCAAGGCAAGCUAUGAGAGGCAUCUGAAAAAUUAUCACCCGAGCUGUCUUUUAUGCCGAAAGUCCAUGAGUCUGAAAGAAGUUGAAAAUCAACCAGAUGAAGAAACUGGAUUUAACAAUAUUAACGUGUGCAAAAAAUGUAGAAAAAUUGAUGCGCCAGUAAUAAUCAGGAGAAGGUCUACUGCUGGUGAAUCAGAGUUCAAAAUACAAUCCAGUGCUACUAAUGGAAACGGAUAUGCGCAUCCUGGUCAAGUUUCAAAUGAACAAUGCAGCAAUGAUGAAGAAGGAGGAGCAGGAGAGGAAGAUAAUCAUGAUGAUGAAUCGGAGAACAUUUAUGGAACUGGAGACAGCACCAGACACGAGGAAUAUGAUAAACCCAUAACUUUCUUACAAGGAAUAAACAACCCGUGCGAUGAGUCAAUUUUGUUUUGCGAUUAUUGUGGUGCCAUGUUUGAUUGUUCUGAUGAUUUCUUGCCACAUUACAACGAACAUGGGAAAUCUGAAUUCGAAUGCAGAUAUUGCUUGCUGCCCUUUUCAGAUUCAGCCCAAGUCAUGAAGCAUGAAAACACUCAUCAAAAAGAAAGGCCAUUUCCAUGCCUCAUGUGUCCCAUCCUAUUCAAAUCUUAUCAUCAGCGUGAAUUUCAUGAGAUGGUCCAUCGAAAUGAAAAUUGUCUGCUGUGCUCAAUUUGCGGACAGGCGUUUACCCAUCAUGACCGGUUAAAAUUACAUAAUCAAAACAUUCAUCAUAUUCACUUAGAGCUAACUUGAACUAUUUUUAUGUAUUCUUUGUAUUGUUUAUUAUCUGCAAUGCUCAUAUUACAUAAUUUUUCGUGUUAAUGUUCAUAUAAAAUUAUAAAGAUUAGAUUAUUACGUUAUUACGUACCUAUUGUUGUUUUAAUUAAAGGACAUAUAUAUAUUAUUACUGAAUUGAGACUUAUUAAUUUUUAAUUUGUUAUUGAGCUUAAUUAUUUUACAAUUAUUAAAAAUUAGUGUAUUUUUUAUAUCGAGACUUAUUACCGUUAAUCAUUAUCUUCAUUUCCUACUUUCAUGUUCCUUUGAUUAUGAAGAUGUGCACUUAAUACGUACUGUUGUUGAUAAAGGAAUAAUAAGAACAAAUAAAAUUUAUUAUAUCAUAAUAGCCAGCGGUCCUUGAAAAAUAAAAAAAAAUAUGCAAAUUUUAA